CUAAAAAAAAUCUUUGCCUUUGAACCUUAUGAAUAGGAGGUUAACGCUAAAAAUAGUUUACAUAUCUACUCUUGCUCUGUUCUUCCUCGUCUCACUAUUCCGAUGGAACUUACCGGCGAACCCAUUCGGGUCCAAUCCAUAAUCCAAUCGGGUCUCUCCCAAGUCCCACCCGAAUACAUCCAACCCCCUCAAAACCGACCCAUCAACACCGAUCCCACUGCCACCAUCCCCGCCAUCGACCUCUUCAACUUCAACACCAACCACCGCAACUCCACCCUCGAAUCAAUCUCACACGCCUGCCGCGGAUGGGGCGCAUUCCACGUAACCAACCACGGCAUCCCACCAUCCCUCCUCGACGCCGUCCGCAACUCCGGCCUCACCUUCUUCAACAACUGCCCCAUGUCGGAAAAACUCAAAUAUUCCUGCACUGCCGGCACCGCCGCGUCGGAGGGAUACGGAAGCCGAAUGCUUGUCAGCUCCAACGAUCACGAGGUUCUUGAUUGGAGAGAUUAUUUUGAUCAUCACACUUUUCCCCUUUCUCGCCGGAACCCUAUUAAUUGGCCGGAUUUUACCUCCGAUUAUCGCGAAAUAAUGGUGAAUUACAGUGAUGAGAUGAAAAUUUUGGCGCAAAAGUUAUUAGCUUUGAUAUCGGAGAGUCUUGGGUUACAAUCUUCUUGUAUUGAAGAUGCUGUUGGGGAUAUCUAUCAGAAUAUUACUGUUAGCUAUUAUCCUCCGUGUCCUCAACCGGAUUUAACGCUUGGUUUGCAAUCUCAUUCUGAUUUUGGUGCUGUUACGCUUUUGAUUCAAGAUGAUGUGGGUGGUCUUCAGGUUCUUAAGGAUGGUGAUGGUGGUGAUAAGUGGGUUACUGUGAAGCCUUUGUCAGAUGCUAUUCUUGUUCUUUUGGGUGAUCAAACUGAGAUUAUAACAAAUGGAAAGUACAGGAGCUGUGUGCAUAGAGCAGUUACUAAUCCUGAUAGAGCAAGGCUCUCUGUGGCAACAUUUCAUGACCCAGCCAAGACAGUCAAGAUCUUCCCUGUUUCUGAACUAAUAAAUGAUUCAUCACCGGCAAAAUACCGGGGUGUUGUUUAUGGAGACUAUGUCUCAUCAUGGUAUACCAAAGGCCCCGAUGGAAAACGAAAUAUUGAUGCGCUUCUUCUGGAAUCUUAAGUUGUUUUUUCUUCAACCUUGUUUUAGUGUACAAAAGUAUGUGGGAGGUUGAAGAAGGUAGUAAAUUAUUUAUCAUGGAGAGGCCGGAUAUCGACAGACCUUUUAUAUGGAUCUGGGAAUUCAACUAAACCUGAGAAUAAGGGAAAUUUGUCAAUUUGAACAAUAAAGGUGCGGGUUAAGCUUUACAGAAAUCCAUAUAUUUAUUUGAUUCUUAAUACGUAGAGUUUAUUUGAUAGGAUGUUCAACAAUGUGAGUAUAAAAUGUAAAUACCAGAGAAUGUCUUCCUUAAUAAUGAAAAGAGUAGUGCUAGGAACACUUAUUUUAUCAAUCUCUUUUCAACAUUCGUUUUCUUAUUGAAUAAAAUAAUGUUGGUCCACCAUUUUAUUUUA